AUGUUCGGACAUGCUGUUGGUGGAGCAGCAGGUGCAGUUGGUCGAAUCACCGGAACUGUAGGCAAAGGUGUAGCAGCGCUUACAUUUGAUCAGGAAUACCAGAGGAAGCGUCAGCAAGACUUGAAUCGUCGACCGCAAUCGUUUGGCGAAGGAAUGGCGAGAGGCGUGAAAGGUCUUGGAGCGGGCGUUGUUGGUGGUAUAACGGGCAUUGUGACGAAGCCAAUCGAGGGCGCUAAACAAGAAGGUGGAUUUGGAUUCGUCAAAGGCGUGGGAAAGGGUCUUGUUGGAGUCGUCACUCGACCAGUAUCUGGUGUGGUCGACUUUGCGAGCAGUACUAUGCAUUCAGUACGGCGAGUGGCAGGUGCCAGCGAGGCUGGAGCACUUCGUCCUCCACGAGUUAUACGCCCAGAUCAUAUCAUACGACCUUACAGCUACCACGAUGCGCUUGGAUUCAAGAUAUUCAAUGUGAGUAGUUUUGUGUGUGAAGUACAAUACUUU